UUCAAGAUGGCAGCCUCCUUGCGCCACAUUUGAUCAUGCUAGUGUGAUUUAUUUAUAUCCUGUGUAUGCGGUUGAUGUAUUAUGUCACAAUACAUCAUAUAGGGCAUUUACAGGCGAUUUGACUGGCCUCAGUUGUGGUCUAUUCAUCAAUUUGUUAUGUACUUGAUUUUUGAUACUAGGUGUAUGCAGCUGUAGACUACCGGGCGUACCUCGGCUCGGGCUCGCCUGACAAUUAACUGCUGGAGAAACUGAGCCUAGCUUAGAUCUAAACCAUUUGACACCAGGUUACUGAGAUUUGUAUCAUGGCCAGACUGGUUGCUCCUCGACGGAAGAAGAGAGUAUUCUGCACCAAGGAAUCCCCUUUCCCAGUCCCCAUUGAAAGCAUUACCCAUGAAUCCGUUGGCGCUGACCAGUGGUUCUUCUACACUGCAUACCUCACGGGCAACACUGUGACAGUCAGGCAUUCAGGGGAUAUCAACUUCCUGUUUAAGAUGGGAUUCUUUGGAAAGGGCAACCUGUCUCGAUCACAGCCUGAAUUUAAUCACAGAUACCGCACAGUACGUGUGCCACACCCAGCUGAUGUAGACAGUAUCGUCCAGCCCCGGGUCAUCAGUCACAGAGUGUUCAAACAGCGCAUGAGGUGGGCUGGGACGAAUGUAGCUGAUGAACCACUAGACUCAUCAUCAGAGGAGGAGACAGCCAUGAUGGAUACCCGAGAUGAUCAGGUCACAGCUCAAACCAAGCCAGCCCAGAGAGAAGGGGAUAUUAAUUUGCAUGUGUCAGAUUCAGGGAAUAAAGAUGUUUCCUUCGACUCCAGUUCAGUGUCAUUGAAGACAGGCACUGAGUACAGAGAUUUGGAGGAGGAGGAGGCAGAUGUCUGUACUGACAAAGACAAAAAAGCAGAUGAGACUGGUGCAUCAUGGGACACAACUGAAGGUGCAGAGUUCUGGGGCGUGGGUGAGAGUGGGGUUGUAAAGCAGAAGGUGGGGGAUGCUUGGGCAACAGAAGAGGCAGAUGCAGAGUUCUGGGGUGAGGCUGGGAGUGGAGAUGUAAAACAGAAGGUGGGGAAGGAUGAGGAGGAACACGCUAAGAUGAGGGAAAACCAGGAUGAGGACAGUCCAAGAACUGGAGAACCACACAGUUGCUCAGAAUCUGCUAAAAGUGAAGCAACCGUGACAAAUGCUCAAGAAAGUAGCAAUGUAGACUGUCAUAAUAAAACCUGUGAUAUGAUGUCCGUGGCAGAACAUGGGACAUCAGGUAGUGCAAAUGUAAAUGACAAGCAAAUUUCAAAUGCAGAAACAUUCCAAUCAGAGACAAAUAUUGGUGAAGCUGCCACAUCACCUCCCGGGGAGACUGGUCAGAAAAAGUGUAGCGAUGAUGUCCCUAUACAGCAGGUAGAUGUUGAAAAUGGGCAGUGCAAUGACCUUGACCCUGUAGAAUAUGACCCCUUAUGCCACAGUGAUGACCUUGAUGGGGAUGUGUUUGUGAUGGCGGAUAGUGAUGAAGAUAAUUGUAAGAAGCAAAGAAAGUUGAGAAAGAGAAGAUGGCGCCCCGUGUUGAAGAAAGACCCAUACCCUGUUGUGGAGCAUCUCCAGCUCAGCUUUGAAGAGACAUUUUUUCUGUCAUAUGGCCUGGGAUGUUUGGUAGUGACUGAUGAAAAACAGAGUAACCUCAGUCUGUCAUCUCUAUGGCAACGGUUCUGUUCGUGUCGAGCUGACUUCUGCCCCAGCUACAUCGCCUACCACUACUACCGCAGCAAGGGGUGGGUGCCCAAGACAGGACUCAAGUUUGGCUGUGACUUCAUAGUGUAUAAGGAGGGCCCCCCAUUCUACCAUGGCAGCUACUCGGUGCUGGUCCGACUCGUGGAUGAGGAGACGCUCACGGAACAUCUCGGGUCCACCCACAGACCUCUGUCAUGGAUUUCCCUUGCCGGACUGAACCGCAUCACAGAACACGUGGCCAAGGAACUGCUGAUUUGUUAUGUUAUAAAACCAAGGGGAGUAACUGAGGAAAGUCUCAUGUCACCUGCCUGCAUACCACAAUUUAAAGUUCAGGAAGUCCUUGUGUCAAGAUGGGUGUCGUCACAAGAGAGGCAGGAGAAGGAGGUUGAAGAGUUCCCUUGACCUUGACCUUGACUGUCAUCCCGUCUCCCACAUUGAGAUGUGCCAGCGUUAAUACAGCCACUGACAGAGUGAAUGUUGAUUUAAUGCCACUGCCUUAAUCCGGCUUUUUCACAGUGGCAUUUAAUAAUGGAGGCAUCAAGUUGUAGAGAGCACAAACAUCAGUCAAUGUCAUCCCUAUGAUAAUGACACACAAUCAGAAAGGACACAGUGUAGACUCACUCCUCACUGCGCUGUGACGACAAGCAUGGGGUACUGGGGACUUAUUUGCCCCUGAAAGCCCACAGAGACAAGCACGGGGUACUGGGGACUUAUUUGCCCCUGAAAGCCCACAGAGACAAGCACGGGGUACUGGGGACUUAUUUGCCCCGGAAUAGCUACAGAGAAACAAGUAUGGUGCAUUGGGGAUGUAUUUGCCCCAGAAUCCAAACAGAGAUACCAUCAUGGGUAUCCUUCAACAUUAAUGCUAGUCCUCUAGCCCGAGACUACUGACUACAAAUUGGAACUGAAUAUGACUGAUAGAAAAUGUAGUAAACUUUUUUGUCUCGUUCAAGCAGGACAACUGCAAACUCUGAGGACUAGAGAAAAAAGGUUUCCACUAGUCUUCUGGGCUAGUGUUUAAAAAAGUCUUUAUUUGUAAGACUGAUGGGAUGUGGGAAGCUGGAAUCGCCACGGUGAUCAUCAACAUGUCAUGUCAAUAAAUGUCAUCCUUCUUGUCACCUGCU